AAUAAGCUAUCAAAACACCUCUAUACCUCUGAAACAAUGACUGCAAAUCUUCCCAUCACCAAACAUCCAAGUAUAAGCAUUGACUGUGGAACAACGGGAUCCUACGUGGACUCCAACAACGUAACAUGGGUCGGAGAUAAUGGCUUCGUCACAACCGGCGAGUCCAUUAAUAUUACGGACGUUGCCACAAAGCCGAUCAACACACUCCGGUACUUCCCAUCGGGUCAAACAAACUGCUACACCAACAUUCCGGCGACAAAAGACCGGAAAAACCUUGUGAGGACGAAGUUUUACUAUGAGAACUAUGACGACAAGUUCUCGCCGCCAUCUUUAGACAUAGUUUAUGACGGGAAACACCGUGAUUCUAUUGAAAUUACUGAGUCAUUACUCAACGACGAGGACACAUUUUAUUUCUCUGAGGUGAUAUUUGCUCCGGCGAAUGAGAAUAUUAGCGUUUGCCUCCUCCGUACGUCUCCGUCCGAUAACCCUUUUAUAUCUUCCAUUGAAGUUUACAGCUUCGAUGACGGCAUGUACGAAGAUCUUGGUCCUGAAGAAGGUGGAAGCAAAGUAGGAAAGAAAAAGAACAACUUACCACUCAUUUUGGGAGUUACGUUCGCCUCCGUGUUCGUUGUUCUCUGGUCAGCGUUCGUGGUUCAUAUUUUGAGAAAGCGUCAAAAUGCGAAGCCAGCGUCCAACACAGCACCAACUACGUCCACAGGCGUAAAUAUAGACUGCGGAACGUCAUUGCCGCGGUUAGAUAAGAACAACAUAAAAUGGGUAGGAGACAAAGACUUCAUCACAUCCGGAGAGUCUUCCACGGUUUUGUCCACCACUGUCGAGAAAUACCUCACCACACUUCGGUACUUUCCGACCGGCGACUCCAAUUGCUACUCCAACAUUCCGGUUACCAAAGGCGGAAAAGUCUUAGUGAGAACGAUGUUUUACUAUGGGAACUAUGAUGGGAAGUCCGCAUCCCCAACCUUCAGCGUAUUGUUUGAAAAGAAACACCAAGGCACCGUAUCGAUAUCUUCGGCGUUCGAACCUUACCUUUUGGAGCUGAUAUUUUCUCCGGCCAGUGAAGAGACCAGCGUUUGUUUUGUACGUACGUCUUCAUCAUCAAACCCUUUUGUAUCUUCCAUUGAAGUUUUCGACUUGGACGAUGGCAUGUAUAACGAGCUUGGUCCUGGUGAAGGUUUAUUUUACCAACAACGACGUGCGUAUGGCACAACAGAAAUUUUAAGAUCGGAUCUUCAAGGUAGGUUCUGGCUUCCGUUGGAGAUAAACAUAUUGUUGACAGGAGUACCAUCCACGGCCGCAUUAAUCGAUACCUCUGGUGCAUCAAAUAAGCCGCCUGAGUCCGUCCUCCGUAACUCUUGGACCGGGGAAGGCUUAUCAUUAGUCGACCCUACUCUUCCUUCGGAAGGAGUUCCGGUUUAUUUGGCUAUGUAUUUCUCAGAGCCUCUUGAGUUGAGUGUACGAUCGUUCAACAUAUUAUAUGGCGGUAAGAAAGUUGGUAAAGGACCAAUUGUGCCCGUAUAUGGAAAAGCCACGCAAGUGGUCGUGAGAGAUGUGGUGGCUAGCUCAAGCUCCGAGCUGGUGUUCCAGUCUACCCCUAGUGCGCUUUUACCACCCAUAAUAAAUGCGUUGGAGAUUUAUGUGAUAAGUCCGGGUACAAGCGGAAGCGGAGGCGGAAACAAAAGCGGAUCAGGAUCCGGUGGAGGUGGUGGAAGUGGAGGAGGAGGGUCUAAGAGUGGCGGGUCUGGAGGCUCUGGUGCUAACAAUGUAGGAUCUGGAGGGAGCAAUGAUGUGAGCUCAGGUGUGUAUUUGGACUUCUCUAUCUAUUUAACUUUUGAUCUUGAUGGGUUUCUUAGUUUGAUGAAAGCUCAUAGUACCAGAACAUGUGGGUCAACCAGUGAAGGAAAGAAAAGUAAACUGCCAACUAUACUCGGUUCUGUAUCUGCAGUAGCGUUUGCUCUUAUCGCAUAUGUGUUCAUUGCUGUUAUCUUAGCUAAUCGUCGCAAAGCGAAGCUACAAGCCCUGGCUAUACCUACGUCAGUGGCUCAUAUGGGUACUGGAGCGUCCCCUCUAUUCGGACAACAAAUGGGCAACGACUCAAACCAGUCUACAUAUGAGUCAGACAUGGGAGAUAUCAACGACUUGAUUGGAACGGAGCUUAACAAGGCGGAAUUGUCGGGGCUUAAAAAGGAAGAGGUGAAGGUUGAAGAUGGGAAUAUACUUCAGAUAAGCGGAGAGAGGAGCAAUGAGAAUGAAGAGAAGAGUGACAAGUGGCACCGUGUGGAGAGGUCAAGUGGCAAAUUCAUGAGGAGGUUUAGGUUGCCGGAGAAUGCGAAGAUGGAGGAAGUAAAGGCUAGUAUGGAGAAUGGUGUGUUGUCGAGUACGGUGCCGAAAUUGCCGGAGAAGAAGGCAGCUGAGGUCAAGUCCAUAGAUAUCUCCGGUUAAAAGGAGAAGUUGAACUUAAGAACUUGAAGAAGACAAAAUGUGGGAUGGUGUGAGAUAAAUGGUGCCAUUCUGA